GGCGAGUUUGAGCACCGCCGCGUUAAACAGUUCUACAGGCGCACAAAUAAGAAUGGCACGUUUGGCCGCCAGAUCGCCCUCGAAGUCCGUCGCGCCAACAUUAUCAACAAGAUCGGUCAGUCGCAACAUGAAGCCGUCAAGCCAUGUCGCCAAAAACGGAAGCCGAAGAAGGCUCGAGCCUCCCGCGGACGACGACUCCACCUCCGAUUUGAUGAUUCACAGCCGCUCCCUCCGACUCAGCCCGACCAGCACUACCAUAUCUCGAACGACAAGCGGUAUCCCAUCAAGCUCGACGACUUCCAUUUCGAGAACGAAGGAGAUCCAGCCUGUGAGAACUUCACAUGGGAUCUCAAGGCCCAUUUAUUCCGUUGCUUAUCAGGUAGCGAGGCGCUGCCACCGGAGUACGUGCCCACGGACGAUGACCUCUUCACCGUACGGAUCGAGAACAACAAGUUGUAUCGACACAAGGUACUCCGCGUCAACUAUACGACCUACAACAUGCGGCGUGAUCAAGACUCAAUCAACCCACGGACUCAUCCCGACAUUAUGAUGCUCGCCCCGGAAGGGGCUGCUCAUCCAUACCUCUAUGCACGGGUUAUCGGUAUCUUCCACGUCGAGGCCUACCUAACUGGCGACAGUCCGGACGGUGCUGACGACACCGACCCAGAGGUUGUCCACGUCCUCUGGGUGAGGUGGUUCGAUCUCGACCCGCGCACCCCUGGAGGCUUCAAGGCGCGCCGUCUUCCGCGCCUCAAGUGGGCGGCACUUGACGACGAUGCGUUCGGAUUUAUAUCCCCGGACCAAGUCCUUCGCGCUGCAAACUUGAUGCCCGCUUUCGCGCAUGGACAGUCAGAUUCGGCGCUACCUGGCUACAGCGUUGCGCGCCGUGAAGACGAAGAAGAUUUGGAUUGGAUCUAUCACUACGUUGGCAUGUUAGUACUACUCACAUUGUUCCGAUUGUCACAGGAUUGA